UCUGGCCUGGAGCCCAUGGGGCUGCUCUGGGCUUUGCAGCCCCAGAAGCCCUUCAGGCGGUUGGUGAAGCGGGACGUGCAGAGCCCCUUCCUCCUGCAUCUGGAGGUGUUUGAUGGCCACGGGGACCCCCCCGGGCGGCUCCUGGCCCAGGCGCAGCAUGAGCGGGCGUUCCUGCGGGACGGGGUGCGGAGAGUGCCGGUGCGAGAGGGGAGGAUCCGGGCAACGCUUUUCCUGCCCCCCGGAAAUGGCCCCUUUCCGGGAGUUAUUGACUUGUAUGGAACUGGAGGAGGACUCCCUGAAUACAGGGCAUGCCUGCUGGCCAACUAUGGCUUUGCUGUGCUGGCUCUGGCUUUCUACGGCUAUGAAGAUCUCCCCAAAGACAUGAAGGAAUUCCACCUGGAGUAUUUUGAAGAAGCCGUAAACUAUAUGUUACAACACACCCAGGUUAAAGGUCCGGGGAUUGGGUUGCUUGGAAUCUCAAAGGGGGGUGACCUGUGCAUCUCCAUGGCCUCCUUCCUAAAGGGCAUCGCGGCCACUGCCCUUAUCAACGGCUCAGUGGCAAAUGUGGGCGCAGUGCUCCGCUACAAGGAUGUCACCAUUCCACCCCUCGGUGCUGAUGUAAAACGAAUCAAGGUCAACAAGUCUGGGAUUGCUGACAUUGUCGAUGUACUGAACAACCCACUAGAAGGGCCUGACUGCGAAAGCUUUAUCCCUUUGGAGAAGGCUGAGAGUCGCUUCUUGUUCAUUGUUGGUCAGGAUGAUCACAACUGGAAAAGUGAAUUCUUUGCAGUUGAGGGGAGCAAACGUUUGCAAGCUCAUGGGAAGGAAAAGCCUGAGAUAGUCUGUUAUCCUGGAGCAGGGCACUACAUUGAACCCCCCUUUUUCCCAAUGUGUGCAGCCUCGAUGCACCUGCUAGUUGGCAAGCCUGUGGUGUGGGGAGGGGAGCCCAAGGCACACUGUGAGGCACAGAUAGAUGCUUGGCAGCAGAUCCAAGCUUUCUUCCACAAACACCUCACGGGCAAGCCAUCUGGAAUAUCCAAUAAGCUGUGA